AGGAAGAGGAGCAGGAGGAGGGAGGAAGAGGCGGAGCGGCAGCGGGAAGCUGGAAGAGAGGAGGAGAGGCGGAAUCACGCGGCUCCAGCGCUCGCUGAACUCGCAGCCCCCCGGGACCAUCGCCCCCCAUCCCGCAGACCAGGAUUUCCCAUUCCCAAACCUUGGUCAGAUAUAGGAGGAGGCUGCGAGGAAGAGGAAGAUGCCCCGGGACCCCCAGGCAGACAAGGAGCUGAGGACGGAGCCCAGGGAGGACAAAUCCUCGCAGCAGAACCUGGUGGAAGAGGCCGUUUUGAGCAGCUCCAUGGUGCAGGAAUCCAACGGGGAGGAAAAAGCGCGGAGACCCUGCAGGAGGAGGGGCUGCAAACUCAGCCCAGGGUGCUCUGAGGAGGACAGAACAACCCUGUGCCAGGAAGGGGGCCAGAGAUCGAGCCAGAACUCAGACCUGGUGGUCCAUGAGCAGCUUCACAGUGGGGAGAAGCCCUACAAGUGUGGGGAAUGUCGGAAGAGCUUCAGCCAGAGCUCCCACCUGAUCCGCCACCAGAUGAUCCACACUGGGGAACGGCCCUAUGAGUGUGGGGAAUGUGGGCAGGGCUUCAGCCAGAGCUCCAACCUGAUCCGCCACCAGAGGAUCCACACUGAGGAACGGCCCUAUGAGUGUGGGGAGUGUGGGCAGAGCUUCAGCCAGAGCUCCAGCCUGAUCCGCCACCAGAGGAUCCACACUGGGGAACGGCCCUAUGAGUGUGGGGAAUGUGGGCAGAGCUUCAGAGACAGCUCCAACCUGGUCGUCCACCAGCGCAUCCACACAGGAGAGAGGCCCUAUGAGUGUUCCGAGUGUAGGAAGAGGUUUCACACCAGCUCCAAUCUCCUCCUGCACCAGCGGAUUCACACAGAGGAGAGGCCCUUCCGCUGCCCCGACUGCAGGAAGGGCUUCAGGGACAACUCCACCCUCGUCACCCACCGGCGCAUCCACACCGGGGAGAGGCCCUACGAGUGUCCCCAGUGUGGGAAGAGCUUCUCCAGGAGCUCUCACUUGACCCAACACCAACGGAGGCACCGGUAAGGGAAGCCCUGUGAGUGCCCCGAGUGCAGGAAGAGCUUCAUCCUCUACUCCAACUUCAUCCCCCAGCGGAGGACCCACGUUUGGCAGAGCCCUGGUGACCCACAUUCGCCGUGAUCCAGUUUGGGAAGAGCCCUGGCUGGUGCUCUCCACGUCCUCCUGGAUCCCUUUAGGCACCUGAGUGAACGCAGGGGCUGGAACAUCCAUCGGGACUCUGAUUGAAAUCGGAAAUUCAUUGGGAAGAGCUGAUUUGUUGAGUUUAUGGCCCAAAAAUUCUCACCUGCUCUGUCCAGUUGUUUCUUCUGGUGGCAUCCAGCAAUCCUGGAUGAUCUUGGAGGUCUUUUUCAAUCUAAAUAGUUUCCUCCUUCAUCCUGUCAAAACAACCAAAAUUAGGGUAGAAAUAAAGGAAUUCAACAAAGGUAUCUAAA